CACAACUUAAUAAUUAAAGAGCAACUUUAUUCUACCACUUUUUACAGCCUCUCGCCAACCAGCAUCUCCCAGCCAGACAUGCUGUGCUCGCGCUUGCUCUCCGUCGUGACCAAGAGCGCGUCGGCACCCGCCUCGCUGCUCCCCUCCAUUGCCGCUCGUCCGGCAGUCGCCGUCGCUGGUGUACGCAGCGUGCCGUCAACUGUCAACUGGUUCGCCGCUGAGGAGACUCCUAUCGCCAUGGAGCUGCUUAACCGCAACGCUCGUCGCCCCAAGAAGGCCAACCAUGGCAAGCGUCCAUGCUCACACCACCGCCGCCGUCAGAAACGACUUGGAGCCAAGAAGGCAUAGAGGACUAGUGUCAACUGUGUCAUCAACGCUGCACCUAGACAGACCCUCCCUUUGAAGCAGUUAAUAGUAUGCGCGGGCUUGCUCCACGUCCUUCAUUGUCCAGCAACCUGUUGCAAUUGUGAAGACGUACGCGGAUAGACUUUGAAGCCACGUUGACACACAUCUACAUUUAGUAUUGGUUUGCCCUAUCCUAUGCUACACUCGACACUUUGGUUCCA